UUCAUGAGUUUGAGCAUGAUUCGAUAUUCUUUUCAAGGACAUUACAUAAUAUGUGAUAAUUAUGGAUAUAUCAUCAUAAGUCACAGGACAACUGGCAAAAUAAUGAGGGUACCCGUUCUUCCGAUGCUUGUAGGUCUAUCUCUCUGUGGAAUCAGUGCAUCAUUUCUAUUUGUGUACCUCCGGAAGCGCAAUGAAUCGAAAAAGUGUAAGACAGCAGAAGUUCAUAUCCCCAAAUCUGAAAAUAUUACUUGUGCGAGAGUAUAUGAAAAGGUAGAGGUAACAAACGAAGUUUUACCACUAAUUAUUGGACGAGAAGGCUUGAGUCUAAAAGCAAUUGAAGACAAGACAAGGACACAAAUCGAGGUUCACAAGAAAGAUGCCUAUAAUCAACUAUGUAUUAUUUCGGGAGAUCAGAAAGCAGUCAGCGAUGCCCAAAAAAUAAUAAAACAGUUGAUGUCGCGACCUAUCAAGGUAACUGAGAAGAUCCUUGUUCCUCAGAGUGCAUGUGGAAAAAUUAUUGGGAGAUGUGGAGAGUCUCUACAAGAAAUUUGUAGGAAAUCACAAGCUAAAGUUUCAGUGGAGUCCGGUGAUAGAGGCGAUGGUGCAAAUAGAAAAGUAUUGAUUACGGGAACGCAAGCACAGGUUAAUACAGCAAAAUUGCUUAUUGAGGAAAAAGUUCAGGAAGAUGCAGAGACAAGAAAAGUCCUUGAGGAAGCAGAGGCUCAAAGAGAGCCAAGAUUCAAUCCCGCAGCAAGUAACAACAGGAUUAAUUCAUUAGAAACCCCAGUUAUUGACCCUGCAAACACAGAGAAACUAAAAUCUACUAAUCCUGAUGGUCAAAUGGAAGUUUAUGUAUCUGCUAUAGCCAAUCCCAGCAAAUUCUGGGUGCAGAUGAUUGGUCCACAAUGUGCUGAUCUGGAUCACUUAGUAAACUCAAUGACAGAAUACUAUGAGCAGACAAAGAAUCAAGAAAUUCACCGUAUACAGAAGCCGUAUCUGGGCCAAAUUGUAGCUGCACUUUUUAAAUAUGAUAACAAAUGGUAUCGUGCAGAAAUUGUAGCCAUUCUUCCAAACGAUUACAACAGCGACCAAAUAGUCUUGGAUAUAUACUAUGUUGAUUACGGAGAUAGUGCUUAUGUGGAAACGAAUGAUGUUUAUCAACUGCGAACGGACUUUCUUACACUUCGUUUCCAAGCUAUCGAAUGCUUUUUGGCCAAUGUAAAGCCUCCUUCAAUUGAUAAUAAUUCUCAUUGGGACGUAAGAUCUAUUCAAAGAUUUGAAGAACUUACACACGUUGCACAGUGGAAAAAACUACUUUCACGUGUUGUUUGCUACAGAGAAAAAAAUCCUUUUACAGAGGGUAGAACCAUGCGUGAGGGUUCUCCAAUUCCCGGUGUAGAACUCUAUGAUCCAACAACUGAGGGAGAAGACAUCAAUAUUUCAAUGAAAUUGGUGGCUGAAGGUCUCGCUUCAUCGAUUGAGCCAUUCAAUGAACCUAAAUUUGGAAAGUGUUCAGAAGCAGCUGCAAAUAUCGAGGUUUCAGCACAACAAUCGCCAAGCAAUUCCGACAAUAUAGUAAAUGAAAUUACAAAAUCCAGCUCCCCAGAGAAGUCGCCGAACAGUGAGGAUAAUGUUUUGCGAUUCCGCAGUGUAGAACGUUUAAAUCGAAAGAGAGUAUCUAAUGGUUUUAGCCCGAAAACAUGAAGCUUGAGUUUAUUACCUUCUUUGCUUUUAUUCAUUUUUAAAGUGAAACAUAUAUGUAUAUGGAUUAUUUUGAAUUAAUUUAAUUAAAUUUUCGGAUAUAAGUAUGAA